AUGGGGGGCAAAUCCGAAAACAAGGCCGGCUACUUCGAUAAGCUCAAGGGCUUACUCGAGGAGUACAAGUCCAUCUUCAUCGUCACCGUCGACAAUGUCAGCUCUCAACAAAUGCACGAGAUCCGUGGAUCUCUCCGUGGUGAGGGUGUUGUCUUGAUGGGAAAGAAUACCAUGGUCCGCCGUGCCGUCAAGGGCUUCGUCAACGACAACCCAGAAUACGAGCGUCUCCUUCCUUUCGUCAAGGGCAACGUCGGUUUCGUUUUCACCAACCAAGACCUCAAGACCAUCCGUGACAAGAUUCUCGACAACAAGGUCGCUGCUCCAGCCAGAGCUGGUGCCGUUGCCCCAGCUGAUGUCUACGUCCCAGCCGGUAACACCGGUAUGGAACCAGGAAAGACCUCUUUCUUCCAAGCUCUCGGUGUCCCAACCAAGAUUGCCCGUGGUACCAUUGAAAUUACCGCAGACUUGAAGCUCGUUGAGGCUGGUUCCAAGGUCGGAGCUUCCGAGGCUACCCUUCUUAACAUGUUGAACAUCUCUCCUUUCACAUACGGUAUGGGUAUCUCCCAAGUUUACGAUGCUGGUAACACUUUCCCACCAAGUGUUCUCGACAUCGAGGAGUCCCAACUUCUCAAGGCUUUCAGCAGUGCUAUCACCACCAUCGCUGCUAUCUCCUUGGCUGCCAACUUCCCAACCCUUCCAUCUGUUAUGCACUCUGUUGUCAACAGCUACAAGAAGGUUUUGGCCGUUGCCAUCUCGACCGACUACAGCUGGUCUGAGAUUGAUGAGUUGAAGGACCGAAUUGCCAACCCAGAGGCCUACGCCAGUGCCGGACCUGCCGUUACUGAGGCUGCCCCAGCUGCCGCUGCUGAGGAGGCCAAGAAGGAGGAGUCCGAGGCUGAGGAGUCCGCUGAUGAGGGAUUCGGAGGAAUGUUCGACUAA